GAUGAGGAAGGAGGAAGAGAGUGCACUCCAGGCAGGGAGCAAUACAUGACCAGUACAAAGGCCUAGAGAGAAGAGAUGGAGGCCUCAGAUGAAGAACGAAAAGGUUGUAAAAUCCCGCAGCCCCGAGUCCAGGCCAUGGAGAAUUCAGACAAGAAAACAGAGGUGGUCCUCCUGGCCUGUGGCUCCUUUAACCCUAUCACCAACAUGCACCUGCGGUUGUUUGAGUUGGCCAGGGACUACAUGAACGACACAGGAAGAUAUCAAGUUAUUAAAGGCAUCAUUUCCCCUGUUGGUGAUGCGUAUAAGAAGAAAGGACUCAUCAGUUCCUGUCACCGAGUCACUAUGGCAGAACUUGCCGCACAGUGCUCCAGAUGGCUGGAGGUGGAUGCCUGGGAAAGCCUGCAGAAUGAGUGGAUAGAGACGGUCAGAGUGCUCAGCUACCAUCGGCAGAAAUUAGAAGCUAGGAACUCCGGCAUUAGCAGCUCCAUUUCUUCACUACAUCCUGGAGGGAAGAGGAGGAGGAUUGACGAAUGCCAGAAUUUUAGUAAAAAGAAAUUGCCAACAUCAGAACAUAGAGAUACUGUACCACAGUUAAAGUUGCUGUGUGGAGCAGAUCUUUUGGAGUCUUUUGGUGUCCCCAACUUGUGGAAGCUGGAAGAUAUCACCACCAUUGUGGCAGACUACGGGCUUGUGUGUAUCACCCGGGCUGGAAAUAAUGCUGAGAAAUUUAUCUAUGAGUCAGAUGUUCUUUGGAAACACAGGCACAACAUUCACCUGGUCACCGAAUGGAUUACCAAUGACAUCUCAUCCACAAAGAUUCGGCAGGCUCUGAGGAGAGGCCAGAGCAUCCAAUAUUUGGUGCCAGAACCUGUCCGGCAAUACAUUGAAAAGUAUGAUUUGUACAGUUCAGAGAGUGAGGACAAGAAUGCAAAUGUUGUCCUGGCCCCUUUGCAGAAACACACACAAGAAGCCAAGCAGUAGAAGAGCACCAGCAAUGGCCAUCUUUCAGUCCUGGCCUCUGGAGGUGAAGUGACCAGGCUUUAGGAGACAGGAUCUUGUUUUAUAAACAAGAGUUAACAAUUAAU